AUGGCAUUUAUGACAUUGAAUGCCCGUUUACAGCCAUUUCAAGCCAAUCAAUGGUUCGGUAUGAACCCCAAUGACAUCUCUCGCAAACGAGGCAAAUCGCAACAAUUCUCAAUAUCAUAUCUCGUCCUCAUGCACAUGCACAUGAACAUUCUCAUUGACAUUGACAUCCUCAUUCACACUCACGCUCGCACGCUUUUCGACCGCUACCACCCGUUUGCGCACCGCUUCAUGCUGCUAUUCCGCAGGGACGAUACAUCACCUACCCGCACGCACACUCGCACAGCAACAAACUCCCCAACGAUGUCCGACCUCAGCCCACCGCCGCUGCUGGAUCCCCCGGCACGCCAGCAAACAGCCAGUCCCAAAAAUGGGAAUGGAACCCCCAUUAGCCACCGGUCAAGCUUUGUGGAGAGUCUCAGACACUCCCCGCGAUCCCAGCGGCACCCGUCCUUCACCCAGGCUGCCCUUCAGGACCUCAUCAAUCACCCACCAAAUCACAACACCGGCGACCCCAGGUUUGUUGGUAGGGAUUGGCGGAGGAUACGCGUUGGCGAGCUGGUGCAAAAACAUGAAGUGCGAUGGGCCGAGCUGGAUAUGGAUGUCCAGCAAGCUACCAGUCUGUUAAUACAAUCCGGCCCCCCAAAUGUGAUCCUGCUCCGCGAAGAUGCAAAUCAAACCACGGCGUGUGGGACCUUCGACUAUAGCGACCUCAAUGCAUAUCUUCUAGUUGUCGUGGGGUUGGCAAGUCCGGAACAAAGCCAAUUGGAAGACUUCGACUCCCUGGCCAGGAGAGCGCGUGAGGGCGAAUCUAUCCCGCUACGGGAUAUUACUAACCUGGCGAAGAAGGAGCCCUUGCUCACAUUAUCAGAAUCAGACAAUCUCUCCAAGGCGAUGGGGCAUUUUGGAAGUGGGAUGCAUCGGAUCCUCGUCUGUAGCGAAGGCACCACCGAAGUGGUCGGCAUCCUAAGUCAGUGGAAACUGGUCAAGUUUCUGUGGGACAAUGGUAGUAGCUUUCCAUCUAUUGAUCAGCUGUAUCCCAUGAUCUUGAAGGAGCUAAACAUCGGGGCCCCUUCAACAAUUGCCAUCAAUGGCGACAAGCCCCUGACCGAUGCGCUUCAACUAAUGAGCAACGAAGGCUUGACGAGCGUCCCUGUUGUUGAUAUUGCAUUGAAUGUUGUUGGCAAUAUCUCAACCGCCGAUGUCAAACUCCUUACCAGUACUGCCAGCUUGCCAUUGUUGAAAAAUUCAUGCAUCCACUUUGUUUCGGUCAUCCUUAGUGAGCGUGGUAUUGGCGAUGGAAAGGAUUCUUUCCCAGUCUUCCACGUCAGUCCUUACUCUACUCUCGCCCAUACAGUAGCAAAACUAGUAGCUACAAGAGCCCAUCGAAUGUGGGUUGUCGAAUCAUCAUCACCAUCUCCCUCCAACCCUGCCACGCCGCUAGCAGCCCCUUCAGUCCUCCAAAGCGGAAGCGGCAUAGGAUCUCCAAUCUCAUCAACUCCCGCGUCCCCUUUGCUUUCCGGGACUUUCGCACCAGCUGUCUCGGCAACCGCCUUGCCUGGUGCUCGGAUAUCGGGGCGUUUAACAGGCGUGGUCUCAUUAACAGAUAUCUUAAAUUUGUUCGCUCGUCAAUCGGGCUUAAACCCAAUGAGCCCUAACGAGCAACGAGAUCGAAGACGCAGAAGUUCGAGCAGCUCGGUGAGACCGAGUAUGGAUUCUGCGCGGAGCUCGAGUAUCGAUAUUCGGAGGUGA